AUGUCUGAAAGCAGAUUCAGCAAUCUCUCUUGGGAUCAAGCUCUAGCCCUGGAUCAUGUGUUAGAUGAAGUAGUUCCAGUUCAUGGAAGGGGAAAUUUCCCCACACUGGAGGUAAAACCAAAAGAUAUCAUUCACAUUGUGAAAGAGCAACUCAUAAAACAAGGAAUUAAUGUCAAAGAUACCCGAUUGAAUGGUUCCACAGCAAGUUAUGUGCUUUCAAGCCAUAGUGGAAUCACCUAUAAGGAUGUGGACAUUAUUUUUGGUGUUGUAAUACCAACUGAUGAAGAAUUUCAUAUUGUUAAGGACACGGUUCUAAGCUGUCUAAUUGACUUUUUACCACAAGCUACAAAAAGAGAAAGGAUUACCCUGAAAAAUAUGAAAGGGGCUUAUGUGGAGAAGAUGGUCAAAAUUUGCAAUGAACAUGAUCGCUGGAGUCUCAUCUCUCUUUCAAAUAACAAUGGGAAGAAUGUAGAGCUAAAAUUUGUGAAUUCACUCAAACGACAGUUUGAAUUUAGCGUGGACUCCUUUCAAAUUAUUUUGGAUCCCAUGUUGGACUUGUACUAUGACAAAAAUGCUAAGUUAACCGAAGAAUCCUGUCCUGUUUUGGUAGCGGAAAGCAUGUAUGGCAAUUUCCAAGAAGCAAUGACUCAUUUAAAAGACAAGCUUAUAUUUACCAGGAAUCCUGAAGAAAUUAGAGGUGGUGGUCUUCUGAAGUACAGCAACUUGCUGGUUCAUGAUUUUAAGCCAGCUUGUGAAGAAGAAAUCAAGAUCUUAGAACGUUAUAUGUGCUCUAGGUUUUUCAUUGAUUUUCCUGAUAUAGCCAACCAGCAAAAGAAAAUUGAAUCCUACUUACUCAACCAUUUCAUAGGAGAAGAAAACAGCAAGUAUAACUACCUUAAGACUUUGCAUGACAUUGUGAACAAAAGCACUGUUUGCCUCAUGGCUCGUGAAAGAAGAGAAACUCUGAACAUGAUCGCUCGUAUGGCUUUGAAUGUACUUGGAGAACAGAAUGCUCUACCUAAUGCAGAAAGUGUAACAUGCUUUUAUCAACCUGCUCCAUACUUUGUUGCUGAACAAGUGCACCCUCUUUACCAUGUAAUAUCCAGACCACCACCUAUUUUCUUCCAGCAAUAUCAUGUAUUGCCCUUUAAUGUGCCAAAUGCUAUGUUUUAA